UACCACAAAACCGCUAGGAGCGUUGCUUGUUUUGGCUGCUCGACUGCUUGUAUGAUGGAUGUUCGCCUUGCAGCGGAAAGCAGCAAAUCCUGUGUGGACCGAAACAACGAGUGACCACGCCUUUUGGGGAACAUCGCUUCGUUGUGCAAUCGCUUUGUUACACAUGUGUUGAACAUGAAUUGCCAUUAACUGCAUGCUCCUUGCGUUAAACGUCUUCGAAGAGCCAGACGAAAACGGCAGCCAUCGCGCUGUCCUACAACUAGCUUCACGGCCAUCUGACGCCGUAGUUCGCUUCGACAGCGAUCACGGUUUCACGCACACGGCUUUCUACGAGUCACCUUCCCGAAGCACACGCUUACCUGUGGUUUGCAGGGCCGCCGUAUGUUUUGUCUCGAAGUGUGAUGCCAUGACUCCUGAAGCACCAUGAACACUGACAUCAACGAAAAUGUGGAUAGAAAUGAGCUCACUCGUGAACAGUCUGUGAAAAAAGAACAACAUGGGAAGCGGAAGCGACCACCAAUGCUGUUCUUUGCUGCAUCCAGUGGCGACCAGCAAGUCUGGCCCUCGGAUGACUCGGAGGACUCCGACUACAAGCCUGCUGGGGAGCCAAAGGGUGCAAACAGAACGCCAAAAAGUCCCCAGACGAUUGAGCUCCCAGCGCCUUCCACUGCCGAUGACUGCAAGCAGCAGGAGGUGAAGAGUGAAGCAAAAUCCACACCUCCUGAUGACAUCCUUCCCAUUAAUGGCAUCUCUGACUACGUUACCAAGAAGCACAGCAGCAAGCGGUCGAGCAAGUUGAUAGGAGCAGAGGGCAAAGCACCAAAGAAACACAGGAAAAGUCAUUACAAGGGAGCCCUGGUCGAAGGUUCCAACAGCCUCAAGCUGGUCAUCACAAAGAAGAAAAGAAAGAAGAAAGGAGAAGACGUAGUCAAACCAGAAGCAACACCUUCGGACGGGCUCUGGGACUCGAAGAUCCCCACCCAUAUUCUGAGAAGGAUCUUUGAGUUUGUGGUGCACAUGGAAGGCGCAGUACCUUUCCUGUUCCGCAUGGCUAAGGUUUGUCCACUGUGGCAAGCGGUGGUGGAAACGGAGCGAUGUCUCUGGGACCAUGUGGAUCUGUCCUGGACGACAAUUCAGAGAUCUGAACCUCGUCUGGUUCGCUUGUGCCAAGACAGGCUUAAUCACACUAAGGACCUCAACCUUUCUGGCUGGGGAAACAGCCUUACAUGUCGAGGAAUCCAGGCUAUAGCUACGCACUGCCCGAAGCUCUCUGCGAUCAACUUAUCUCAUUGCACCAAGGUGUUCUCAGAUUCAAUUCAGAUCCUAGUUGAGAAGUGCCCCAACCUGAAGAGCAUUGACCUCUCCGCUGUCUCUAGAACCCCCAGCAUGACAAGUCCCGUCUGUCUGUCUUCCAUGAAGACCCUGGUUUCUAAAUGUGGUGACCAGCUUACACACCUCAUGAUGGCUGAGAAUAAAGUUUCUGGAAUGAACAGUAUUUUAACACUUAUUGCAGAGAACUGCCCAAACUUGAUUAACCUUGAUCUGUCUAAUGUGAUGAGCACCACAGGUUUGCUGUUCCCGAUAGAAAAGUUCCAAAAGGGUUGCCCGAAGCUACGUGUUCUGCUGCUAGCCAACAGUUAUGUCGCCAUGGCACCCGCAUCUGUUGUUGACCAGGUGCAGUCACCAGGUUUCCCCGACUUGGAAGAACUGAGUAUUGCAGUCAAAGGGAUGUCAAUGAGAACUAUUGGCGACAAUGACCUGGAAAGACUGCUGAAGACAUCCCACAAGCUCAGACUUUUAGAUGCCAGGGGUUGUCCCAAUAUUUCGGUUUCUGGGCUCGUGUGUAUUCCUGCAUGGGAUAUCCAGCACCUGUAUCUUUCUAACUGUGCUGCUGCUAGAACCAGUGAUGUAGAGUUGGUCCUCAGGAAGUGGGCACAUAGCCUGCAUGUAUUGGACCUUUCAUGGGCUGUCAACGAGGAUGCCACCAACCAAGCUAUCAUGGCACUGGCCACCGCUGAGAACGGCACUCCCAUAGAGGUGGUGGAACUCUGUGGGUCAGCCAUCAGCUUUGAGACUAUCAAAGUCCUGCUCAGCAACUGCCCCACCCUGAAAAAGUUGAACCUACAAUCUUGUCGAAGUUUGCCUCGAGGAAUGAAGCGAGUCUACGAAGGUGAGGAGCUGCAACGGUUCCGCGAGGAAGUAAAAGAAGGCCGUUUUGGGGACGACAGCUCUUUUCAGUGAGUCGUCGCAUACUGUUGCUGGAGACAUUUUCAUCAUAUCCCCACCCACUGCACGUAUCUUAAGUUUUUAUUUGUUUACUUGUGGGCGGUACAUGUUCAGAAGAACACAAAGCGCAUUGUCAGCACAUGUAGGGUAUGACUGGAUGUGGUGUAGGCAUGCACCAUAAUCAUGGAAAAAGGCAUGUGCAAUGGUCCUACAGUGUCUCAGGGGCAUAAGCUCUGUGACGUAGUGGUUUUGAAGGAGUGAUUUCCUGAUGGACUCUGGCUCUUGUUUGGAAUCAUAUUCACUUCUCUUACAUUAGCCACGAUUGAAUUGAUGGAUGCAAUAACCAGGUGCAUAAAGACGCUGUAAGCUGAGACGGUUUUGCUUAAACCUUGGCACGUAGUUAUGUUGCAGCAUAUUAUGUGGUCAUCUUGUUCCAAACGAAUGCUGGUUUAUGUGCAGGAUAGAAAGCAACUCGCUACCACCCUUUGUCAUUGUGUAAUAACUUUUGUGCAUGCAAGAGACAAGAUAUUCUGGUAACAGUAACAUUAUUUAUGUAAGAGUUGUUGGAUAUCCUUGAUUUUUCUUUUCUGCUUGACAUAUCCUGAGUAGAGCACUGCACGGGCCUAAUUUUUUGAGGCCCUUGCCAGGCCCAGGCCCGGCUACCACGGCCCGUACCCGGCCUGUACCCGACUGUUCCCAUGCUCAGGCCCGGUCCCAGCCCGCCUCUGCUCUAUGUGUUUUCGAGGCCCUGAGGCGUAUUUAGAUUUACUAAAGAGCACAGCGCAGCGAGGAAAAGGACGCAGCUAAUUGGUGGAGAGCGAGGAGGUACACUCGAACGGAACGGCUGUGUUUCUCUGCCGGCAAGCCGCUCUGUGCUUGGUGCUUGGGAAGGCAGCGCGCAGCGGCGUGUGGGCGAUGCGUAUGUACCUUGCGGUUCAUGAAAGACUCACCCCCGCUCUAUUGCGCGCGCACCGGUGUUAGUUCCCCUUUCUCGAACUCUCACGCGAACGAAAAUAUGUCAGAACACCUAACCUGACUGACCCUCGGGCCGGACUCUCAGUGCGCCCGCUACACCAAUCGUCCCCAAAUGUGUGUGAGUGCACGUGUGAAAUCCAGACCCAUUAGACGAAAUAAGCAUGAUCACAUAUAAGAAGGUGAUAGUUCUCAGAUGAGAAUACCAUGAUAUCCCAUACCCAAUGGAAAAAAAAAAAACGCAAAGCUCGGCCCGGCUCGUGCUUUCGGGUAAGCCCGUGCCCGUGCAGUGCUCUAAUCCAGAGUCCUUCUGAGGUACUGUAUGGGCCACCUAUUGGUAGGGCCUUGUGUUUUAGGGUUACAAAUUUGUACCUCCCGAUUUACGCAAUUGUCACGUGGGAUAAAACCCGGAAUACCCUGAAAACGAACUUGCCAAAGUGCAAAUCCAGACACUGAUACAGCACUGGAGAACGCUAAGCACAGCACAUUUGGCACAGACAUUUGGCAUCUCUUGCUCAUCUGAAAUGCAAGAAGCGCUUAAAAAAGGAAAACAAAUAGCACACCCAAAAAUUUGCUUUUUCACCAGAUAUCGCCCGAUCUUGCCCGAUAUCGCUCCCCCCCCCAUCUCGAUUUUGCGAAAAAAUAUAAAACCAGAAAACGCAAGGUUCUACUUAUCGGGCCACUGUGUUCUUGGCUGAUGUUCAUGGUGCUGAUGGCAGUCCUAAAGAUAUGCUUUGUUCAUUUCAUUACUACAGGAGACUUAAUGUCGCAUGAUAAGUACAAAGUGUUUCACUUACAUUACAUCUCUUCAUUACCAUUCAGUUUAACAGUGACGUCUCAGCUCCUCUGUACGUUUCAAUGCAAAGGUGGGGACACUAUAAAGCCAGUGACCUAAUGUA